CCCAGUUCAUACACGCCCAGUCAGCCAGUAGCAAAUAGCGCUCGCUGCAGGUCUGUAAUCAGUUACCGUGGCUGUGCGUGCUGGCUCAAGAAAGUGCAGAAAAAUCUUUAGCUCCUCAUCGUCAUUAUGCUGACAAGUCUUUGGUUUUGCUUUCGGGAAGUCAUUUACUCGUACAGCUAGCUCAUUUGUGAGCAAACUUGGAUAAGACGCUUGGAUACUUGUCGCCAUGGGAGGGAGACGCAGAGGAACACCUGGAUAUGAUGAGGACUUCUCCUUCGUCAGUCCAUUUGUGAAGUAUCUACUGUUCAUGUUUAAUUUUAUAUUUUGGAUAAUCUCCCUGGUGAUGGUGUCCAUCGGAGUGUACGCCCGCAUGAUGAAACAUGCAGAGGCAGCAAUGGCCUGUCUUUCAGUGGACCCAGCUAUGAUGCUAUUGGUUGUGGGGGUCCUCAUGUUCAUCAUUACCUUCUGUGGCUGUGUGGGCUCCCUGAGAGAAAACAUCUGCCUCCUUCAGACAUUCUGUAUCUCUCUAACAGUGAUCUUUCUGCUCCAGCUCAUUGCUGGUAUCCUUGGCUUCAUCUUCUCAGAUACAGCACGGAGCAAAGUGACAGAGAUGAUCAACAAUGCUAUUAUCCACUACAGAGAUGACAUUGAUCUGCAAAACCUUAUUGAUUUUGGUCAGAUGGAGUUUGGAUGCUGUGGUGGUGUGACAUACACUGACUGGUCCCGGAACAUGUACUUCAACUGUAGCAAGGACAACCCCAGCACAGAACGCUGCUCUGUGCCCUUCUCCUGUUGUAUCAUAUCCAAAGAAAAGGUGGUUGUCAACACCAUGUGCGGCCAUUACAUGCAGAAUUUUGAGUACCUUGAAGCUGGAGAUCAUAUCCACACCAAUGGCUGCAUAGAUAAAUUAGUUAAUUGGAUUCACAGCAACAUGUUCCUACUUGGAGGCAUUGCACUGGGAUUGGCCAUACCACAGCUGGUUGGGAUCCUCCUGUCUCAGAUUCUGAUCAAUCAGAUUAAAGACCAGAUCGAGCUGCAGAACUACAACCAAAAACACCGCUCUGACCCAUGGAGCUGACCCAGACCAGACUAGAUUCUCUCAUGAACAACACUGUAAACAUGGUAAUACAAGCAGCUGAGGGAAGACAGGUAGAACUUUAUAUGGCAGUUCUCUGAAAGCUCUGUCACCUGGGUAUGAGUAUCCACUCUCUUGGAUUUAAAAAGGAAACAGAUGGAGUAAUAUGACUCUGGCGCUACCCACUGGACACAGAGAAUGAUUGCAUUUACCAAACAUUUUGUAGUAGUUAAGAGUAGUUAUUCCCCUGCAGGGGCAGGAGGGGUAUUUUGUGUUUGGGGUCAUGUUGAUAAGAUUAUUUUGACUUUUAGUUAAUAAGUACAGUCAGUAUAAUCUACAUCAAAGUUGUUGUUUUUUUUUUUGUUUUUUUUGAGGUGCCAAGCUAGAGCGGUUACUGCAAAUGUUUACUGACUGAGAAGGGAAUCACAUUUUCUAAAAUGUAUUGUUUUGCAGACUAUGAAAAAAAAUUGCUGAAACAUACAUCUCAUAUCGUUUUUAUUCAUGUUAGAAAUAUGCAUCUUUUUUACUUUGUAGAUGAAAUAACUGUGUUACCUCUGGGUCCCAGAAAUGCCUUCAACUCCUGUUGCAGUCUAAUAAAUAUUUUUUACAUAAUUAUUUUAGCAUGUUUGCAUUUGACAGGAGCUGCAAACACAUGUUUACACUAACGGUCUGACACUCCACAGCGUGGCCAUGUUAGGCUUCUUGGUUGUCCUGCUGAGACCUCACACAGCACGUGAUGUCAUUUCCUCCUCACAUUUUAGCCAGUUGACGGCCUGCGUGACUGCAAGAGCUGCUGGAUUUUGUAGGGUGUGUGUCUGAAUGGGCUGCCAUUACAAACAAAUGUCUGCCAGAUCACAUAGGCUGCAUGCACAGUUCAUAUUCUGUACAUAUGUUGUGGCUGAUAUAUUUUAAAUCCUGCAUGGAUAAUUUCAA